CGCUUUUUUUUUUCUUUGCCAUUCUUUUUGUUUCCUCAUUUCUCAUUCUCUCUUUUUGCGUUCCAUUCAUUACCAUUCCUAUUUCGUUCAUUCUAAACCAUGGUUUCUAGCAUUGUUGUCUAUGGUGGCUCUGGUGCCCUUGGCCGUGCCCUUGUUUCGACAUUUAUUCAAAAGCAAUGGAUCGUGACAUCGAUCGAUUUCUUUGCCAACCAAGAAGCGACGACCAACAUUUUGCUCGAGAAGAAUGAUACGCUGGAAGAACAAGGAAGGCGCGUCAUUGGCGCUGUGGGUGGCAAGGUGGACGCGAUUGUUUGUGUUGCUGGUGGUUGGGCUGGUGGUAAUGCUGCAUCCGAUGAAUUAUUUGCUACCUCAGAGUUGAUGUGGAAGCAGUCUGUGCAUUCGUCUUUGGUUGCUGCUCACCUUGCCUCCAAGUACCUCAAGUCUGGUGGUCUGUUGACCUUGACUGGAGCUUAUCCUGCGCAGAAAGGCACGCCUUUUAUGAUCGGGUAUGGUAUGGCCAAGGCUGCAGUUCAUCAACUUGUUGCCAGUCUUGCUGGACCUGACUCUGGUAUUCCUGCUGAUGCCACCGUCAAUGCCAUUCUACCUGUCACCCUUGAUACACCCAUGAAUCGCUCUGGUAUGCCCAAUGCUGAUUUUACUUCAUGGACCCCUUGCAAUGAGGUUGCAGAGACUAUUUAUUCCUGGGCAACAGGCGUUAACCGUCCCACGUCUGGCAAGUUGAUUGAAAUAGUGACCAAGGACAACAAGACCACUUACACUGAAAAAUAAAUAUGUAUACAUUAGUUCCUGUCAAAAGGUCUAAGCAAAAGGAAAAGGAAGAAAGCAAUUAGGAAAAAUAAAUUCAAUUAAACUAAAAAUUAAAACUAAAGUUAAAUAAAAAAAGGCUAAACUGAACUAC